CAAUGUAUACCGUCCGAUCUCACUCCCUAUCCCUCACUCUCUUCAAAUAACCAUAAAUCCUCUCUCUCCAGGGCUGUCCUUUCUCCUCACUCUCUGUUUCUCUCUCUCUCCCGUUCAAGUGUUCUCCAUUCUCUAAAAAUCUCCAGAAGCGACAAUGAGAGAGAUCCUUCACGUGCAAGGUGGUCAGUGCGGUAACCAGAUUGGUUCCAAGUUCUGGGAAGUUGUGUGUGAUGAGCAUGGAAUAGACCCGACUGGAAGGUAUGUUGGUUCAUCAGAUCUGCAGUUGGAGCGUGUGAACGUGUACUACAAUGAGGCUUCUUGUGGGAGGUUUGUUCCACGUGCUGUGCUUAUGGACUUGGAACCUGGUACUAUGGACAGUGUUCGUACUGGUCCGUAUGGGCAGAUUUUCAGGCCGGAUAACUUUGUGUUUGGACAAUCUGGUGCUGGAAACAACUGGGCUAAGGGGCAUUACACUGAGGGAGCAGAGCUUAUUGAUUCUGUUCUUGAUGUUGUAAGGAAGGAGGCAGAGAACUGUGACUGUCUUCAAGGUUUCCAAGUGUGCCACUCAUUGGGUGGUGGAACUGGUUCGGGAAUGGGCACCUUGCUCAUCUCAAAAAUACGGGAGGAGUACCCUGACAGGAUGAUGUUGACCUUCUCUGUUUUUCCCUCCCCAAAGGUUUCAGAUACUGUGGUUGAGCCAUACAAUGCCACCCUGUCUGUGCAUCAACUUGUUGAGAAUGCUGAUGAGUGCAUGGUUCUGGAUAACGAGGCUUUGUAUGAUAUCUGCUUCAGGACUCUUAAAUUGACUACUCCAAGCUUUGGUGAUCUUAACCACUUGAUUUCUGCAACCAUGAGUGGUGUCACUUGCUGCCUGAGGUUCCCUGGUCAGCUCAACUCGGACCUCCGAAAGCUUGCUGUGAAUCUCAUUCCCUUUCCUCGUCUCCACUUCUUCAUGGUUGGUUUUGCUCCUUUGACCUCUCGUGGGUCCCAGCAAUACCGUGCCCUCACUGUUCCAGAACUGACCCAGCAAAUGUGGGAUUCCAAGAAUAUGAUGUGCGCUGCUGACCCAAGGCAUGGUCGCUAUCUCACUGCCUCUGCUAUGUUCCGUGGCAAGAUGAGCACCAAGGAAGUGGAUGAGCAGAUGAUCAAUGUCCAAAACAAGAACUCGUCAUACUUUGUUGAGUGGAUUCCAAACAAUGUGAAAUCCAGUGUCUGUGACAUCCCACCAAGGGGACUCGCCAUGGCAUCCACCUUCAUUGGAAAUUCCACCUCCAUCCAGGAAAUGUUCAGGAGAGUCAGCGAGCAAUUCACUGCUAUGUUCAGGAGAAAAGCUUUCUUGCAUUGGUACACUGGUGAAGGUAUGGAUGAGAUGGAGUUCACAGAAGCUGAGAGCAACAUGAAUGAUCUCGUGUCCGAGUACCAGCAGUACCAGGAUGCCACCGCCGAUGAGGAGGGUGAGUACGAAGACGAGGAGGAAGAGGAGGGUCAGUAUGCGGAGCAGAUGUGAAGGGGUGUCACAACCAAGCAUGAACAGUAAUAUCCGAUUCGUAUCGAUGCUUCACUAUGGUAUAUGAAGCUCGCUUAAGUUAGCUCCAUGUAUGUUAUUGAAGAGUAUAAAAUCUACUGCAUUCUAGUUUGUAUUGCGGGUAAAUGAACUUCACUAGGAGAUUAAGAAAAGUUCCUAUUUUCUCUCUUCUAGUUAAAAAGUUCGAAUAUUGUUGAUGAAGGGGGAAAGCAUGCUAGUAGUUAAAAUCUGUCCUGUUCUGGCUUUGUUUUCAUUUUGUUGUAAUAUCCAGUAAUCAUUGUUGCUUGCA